UUCUGCCUUGCAAGGGUGGUGCUGAGUCAGGCAGCCCUGCCAGGACCUAAGCCAGCCUCUGUACUCUCUAGCAGAAAAGUGGAAGGCAGAGGGGCAGCAGUUGUGGCAAGGUGGGGCAAAUGGCUGCCUUGUUUUCCUUGAAAUACUUUUGAAUUAUAAUUAAUAUCCCCGAACUUUACAGAGUAGUUCCUUUAUAUUGCUGCUUCUUUGCUGUAAGCUCUGCUUUCGGAGAGGCCUUCCUUGGGUGUCUCUGCUGCUGGUCUUCCUCUCUUCUGUAUUAAUAUUAUUGUUCCCAAUGAAUUUUCAGUUCAGUCUCUGCCUUCCUGGUUCUGAUGAAAACUCAGGAAGCUCUCAGACUUUGGGAAGGCUUGUCUUUGUGCUCCAAACCCUUUGCUUUGUAGGUGAGCACUUGAUUUUGUGUCUGAAGUUGCUGAGCAUGAAGGGCUCAGUGUCCCAGUUUGCUCCCAGCCCUCAUUGUGCCCGCUCUGAGAUCUGCUUCCUACACAAACAUCAGUUCCUUACCUUCUCCCUGUGCACACUUCAAAAAUCCCACCACUGCUCUGAGCUCCCACGUGUUCCUUCAAAACAAAUGCAGAACGUGGGCCUGUUUGCUUGGGUAAUUCUCACUAACUUUACUGAUCCAGGAGGUAAAAUAUUUUGCCUGCUCCUAUUCCUCUGAAGGCUUUAGGGACUAGAAAUAAAUCUCAAGUAUCACCAUCUUUUUUUAAUUUCAUGAGCUUAUUAAUGACUUUCUUAUACUCACCAAAGUCUCGAGUGUCUGUGAGCUGAAGAUCUUUGGUCUCAAAUGCUGAAACAUGCUUUUCCAGUUUUAUGUGGCGGUAGCUAUAAAAAUUCCCUAGCUAAAAUGGCUCAGGAGGGAACAUGGUGAUGGUAUUUACUUUGCUGAGGAACACUGGUACUGUGGUUCCAUAGUAGAUGGUACAUAUCUUAGCUUUGCAUCUCUCUGUUCUUCCACCAGUGGUAGUGUUGGGAAUUUCUUUCCAGACCCCCCUGCCUUUAGAAAUCUCAGGAUGUUAUAUUUACUGCAGAACAUAAAUGUGUUCUGUUUCCAAACUUGUGUGUAAAAUGGCUUGGUGACUUCAAUAGUUCUAUUUACUUUUCUUCUUCCCCUUAGUUAGAUAGUCUGGAACCUCAGGAGCCCUCAGAGAUUUGAACCUGUGUCUGUGUAGAUAUUCUCCUAAAUUUCAUGCAGGUGGUGCUCAGCUAUUGAGCCAGAGUGCUGUUUUUGAAACCGAGGUGCAGAAAUGCUGCAGAAACAAAUGAAGAUUGAGGUGCACUGGUGGUAUGGAGUAAAAGCUGUGUGUUCUUCUGGUGUUCUGGGGGGUGUUGAAGUAAUUUGGGAUAAAUGCAGCCUGUUCUGAGGGGUGCAUCCUGCUUCUGUGAGGUGUUCAGAACCUUUCUUGUUGAGCUUUCUAAGCAAGGUGUGACACUGUCAGUAUGUUCUGCUUUCAUAGAUUCAACAUGAAAGCAGAUGUGGUUGUGGGGCGGCUUACUGGUGUUGUUAGCUUAUGUCUGGGUUCAAGAAGUUGAAUUGCAGUUGAGUACAGCCACAGCUCUGCUGUGACAGGUAACAACAGCUCUCACUUCAGAUGGCAGUUAGCGGGGUCCCGAGUGAAAAGCAACUUUCAGUCUUCACAAAAUAAAAUGUUCCAGUCGCAAAAUGUAGCGGGUAAAUAAUCCAGUACCACAGGAAGUCCUACCUCAAAAGGUUUUUUUACAUGGGAAUUAGUUCCUUGGUCCAUUAUUGUACGUUAAUAAUAUUUCCUUUAUGGCAAGACCAAGGGCAGCCUGGGGUAUCGCGAGGAUGCAGAUCUCAGCGUUAGGUCUGCCAGCUGUGUGCAGCACCAGGGGCUUUGGCUCCCCUGUGCUGCUGCUGAGCCUCUCACACGUGCUGUGGUGCAUCCCAAAUAUGUGACAGACACCCCAUCUCCGAGGUUGGGAAGCAUCACCCCAUGGAGCUGCUCGCUUUGCCUUGGCAGGGCUGGGAGCAGGUGGGAACUUCUUGCAUUGCUGCGUGCUGGUAUGACAAGGGGUCCUGAAAUGCUUCAGAAUUUGGAAUCCUUUGUUCUCUGAUUUUCUUCCAUGUAGGAGCUUUACAGCCUCUGGGCUACCCACAAUUUCCCCGUGCUUCUGGGCAGCCCGUGCUGGCAGCUGUCGGCAUCCUGAUGGGCUCACUGAGCUGAUAGCAGCGUGCCAGUGCGUGCUGACGUGCUUGGUUUGAUCCAGCGCUCCGUUCUCAAGUGGUGGGCACUGCUGCUGCAAUGGGCUUUGCAGUGCCUGUGGGAGGGCUGGCACUGUGUGUAGGGCCUGCAGAAAGGGAUGGCACAGCAGCAGGGAGACGGCCUAAGAACUCAGCUGGGAACUGCCGUUGUUACCAAGGACGAUGGCUGUAGAUGGGUCUGUGGGUCCUGUUUGCUUCCUGCUCUCCUGUCGCUGUGACUUCUGUGUCCUGGCAGCAGAUUAUAUACAGGCACCUCCCCCCCAUUGCCCUCAGAGGAGAACAUUCCUAAUGGACACAGGGUGCACUUCUGCCAGCUGUGCCUGCUGUGGUUAUUUACCAUCAGGAAAGCAUGCGUUGCUGCUGCCUCAAACCAGGAAGGAGGUAGUUUAGGAAACUAAGAUGUGCUGCCUCCUCAUAAAGGAGUCAUCAAGCUUUUUAUGUAGAGUUUUAGGUGUAAAUCAGCAUUCAGGUGAUCAGCUAAAUAGGCAGACCUGUUUAAAUGGCGGCUUGUUCCUAACUAGGUGCAUUUCCAGGCCUGGCUUGUUUGGUUUCUUGCCAAGGAAUACUGAAGGGAGGCACUGAAAACAUGCCCUAUGUAACUAAGUAGUUCCUGCAAUGCCCAGCAGCUGUUGGUGAGCCGUCCCUGCAGCGCUGUUUGUGGCAGCGUGAGCAGAUCUGUGCUGUGGCUGCUGCAUGCCCUCCUGCUUUUCCUCGGUGCCAGCCCUGCCUGCCUUGUGCUGUGCUGUUCACGUGGUCGCUGGCUCAAAUAACUGAUAAUAGAAGGAGGGAGGUGGUGCUGGUCUGAGGCUCGUGCUGCUGUGCGCCUGUGCUGCUCAGAGCAGGUUUGCAGGGUGCUGCCACCGCAGGGAAUGCUCCUUGCACCCUUCCCAGAUGUGUGUUCUCCCGGCUCCUCUGUGAGGCACAGGUCUUCAUCUGUCCUCCAUCAGAUCAGGUCCUGUCUGCUGGGACGGCUGCUGGCUGGAUCAAGACAUCUGUGCUGGCUGAGCUGCCAGGUGCUGCCAGGUGUUAUUUGGUUUGUAGCAUAGAGGCACUAUGUACUCAGAGUGGAGAUCCUUGCAUCUUGUCAUUCAAAAUGAUCAGGGUAACACCAGUGUGCUUCACAGCUAUCCUGAGAGCGUGGGCAGAGAAGUGGCGAAUGCGGUGGUGCGCCCCCUGGGGCAGGCUCUGAUCACAUCGUCGGUUGGGAGCGAGAGUUUGCUGAAAACAGACAAAGAAGUAAAAUGGACGAUGGAGGUGGUUUGUUACGGGCUGACCCUGCCCCUGGAUGGCGACACCGUGAAGUACUGUGUGGAUGUGUAUACAGACUGGAUUAUGGCUCUUGUGUUACCUAAGGACUCGAUUCCUUUACCAGUUAUUAAGGAACCAAACCUUUAUGUUCAAAGCAUUCUCAAACAUCUCCAAAAUCUCUUUGUACCAAGGCCAGACCCAGGAUCUAGUCAGAUUAGGCUGUGCCUGCAAGUUUUGAAAGCAGUCCAGAAACUGGCUCGUGAAUCAACAAUUAUGGCAAGAGAAACGUGGGAGGUUUUGUUGUUAUUUCUUCUUCAGAUUAAUGAUACUCUUCUAGCAGCUCCAACUGUGCAAGGUGGCAUUGCUGAAAAUCUGGCUGAGAAGCUUAUUGGCGUGCUGUUUGAGGUGUGGUUACUGGCCUGCACACGGUGCUUUCCAACGCCACCUUACUGGAAAACUGCCAAAGAGAUGGUGGCCAACUGGCGGCAUCACCCUGCAGUAGUGGAGCAGUGGAGCAAGGUCAUCUGUGCUCUUACCUCCAGAUUGCUGCGUUUCACGUAUGGACCUUCGUUUCCUCCGUUUAAAAUUCCUGAAGAAGAUGCUGGUCUGAUUCCUCCUGAAAUGGACAAUGAGUGCAUCGCACAAACUUGGUUUCGCUUUUUACACAUGCUGAGUAAUCCUGUGGAUUUGAGUAACCCAGCCAUUAUUAGUUCUACCCCCAAAUUUCAGGAGCAGUUUCUGAAUGUGAGUGGGAUGACUCAAGAGCUGAAUCAGUACCCCUGCCUUAAGCAUCUGCCUCAAAUAUUCUUCCGUGCCAUGCGUGGGAUCAGCUGUUUAGUGGAUGCUUUCCUAGGCAUUUCACGACCCCGCUCAGACAGCGCACCGCCCACCCCAGUGAACAGGCUAAGCAUGCCCCAGAGCACCGCCAUCAACACCACCCCACCCCACAACCGAAGGCAUCGGGCCGUGACUGUGAAUAAAGCAACAAUGAAAACCAGCACUGCAACCACUGCACAUGCUUCCAAAGUGCAGCACCAACCAUCCUCUACUUCUCCGCUCUCUAGCCCAAACCAGACAAGUUCUGAGCCACGGCCACUGCCAGCUCCUCGCAGGCCAAAGGUUAACAGCAUCUUGAACCUCUUUGGAUCGUGGUUAUUUGAUGCAGCAUUUGUUCACUGUAAACUUCAUAAUGGAAUAAACAGAGACAGCAGCAUGACUGCUAUAGCAACUCAAGCUAGUGUGGAGUUUCGCCGGAAAGGAUCCCAAAUGUCCACAGAUACAAUGGCUUCCAACCCUUUGUUUGAUGCCAGUGAAUUCCCAGACAACUAUGAAGCAGGAAGGGCAGAGGCAUGCGGGACACUGUGUAGGAUAUUUUGUAGCAAGAAGACUGGGGAGGAAAUAUUACCAGCUUACUUAUCCCGAUUUUACAUGCUUUUAAUUCAGGGUUUGCAGAUAGCAGAUUUCGUUUGCCACCCCGUUCUUGCCAGUGUUAUUCUGAACUCCCCUCCUUUGUUCUGCUGUGACCUGAAAGGAAUUGAUGUCGUGGUUCCAUAUUUCAUUUCGGCUCUUGAAACUAUUUUACCCGACAGGGAACUCUCAAAGUUUAAAAUAUAUGUAAACCCCACAGAGCUAAGAAGAGCUUCAAUUAACAUCUUGCUGUCUUUGUUGCCUCUCCCUCAUCAUUUUGGAACCAUAAAAUCGGAGGUUGUCCUGGAAGGGAAAUUCAGCAACGAUGACAGCUCAACGUAUGAUAAACCAGUAACCUUCCUUUCCUUGAAACUGCGGCUUGUGAAUAUACUUAUAGGAGCUUUGCAAACUGAAACAGAUCCCAACAACACUCAGAUGAUACUAGGUGCAAUGUUGAAUAUUGUUCAAGACUCAGCACUGUUAGAAGCCAUUGGCUGCCAAAUGGAAACGAAUGGUGGUGAAAACAACCUCUUCAAAAGCCACAGUCGUACUAACAGUGGCAUUAGUACUGCAAGUGGCGGCAGCACGGAGCCUACAACACCAGAUAGUGAACGGCCAGCACAAGCCCUUCUAAGGGAUUAUGCUCUUAAUACAGAUACGGCUGCAGGACUUCUGAUACGCAGCAUUCACCUGGUAACCCAGAGGCUGAACUCGCAGUGGAGGCAGGACAUGAGCAUCUCACUGGCUGCGUUGGAACUUCUCUCUGGAUUGGCAAAGGUGAAAGUGCUUGUUGAUUCCUCCGACCAAAAGAGAGCUAUCAGUUCUGUAUGCAGCUACAUAGUGUUCCAGUGCAGCCGGCCGGCCCCGCUCCACUCCCGUGACCUUCACUCUGUGAUAGUUGCAGCUUUCCAGUGCCUCUGUGUGUGGCUCACUGAGCAUCCUGACAUGCUGGAUGAGAAGGAUUGUCUAAAAGAGGUACUGGAGAUUGUGGAGCUGGGUAUUUCGGGAAGUAAAUCCAAGAGCAGCGAACAAGAGGUGAAGUACAAAGGAGAUAAGGAACCAAACCCUGCAUCCAUGAGAGUGAAGGAUGCUGCAGAAGCUACGUUAACGUGUAUUAUGCAGUUACUUGGAGCGUUCCCUUCUCCCAGCGGCCCUGCUUCCCCUUGCAGCUUAGUGAAUGAAACCACGUUAAUUAAAUAUUCUCGCCUGCCCACCAUAAACAAGCAUAGCUUCCGUUACUUUGUUCUGGAUAACAGUGUCAUCCUGGCAAUGUUGGAGCAGCCUCUAGGGAACGAACAAAAUGACUCCUUCCCCUCUGUCACGGUUUUGAUCCGUGGGACAUCUGGAAGAUUUGCAUGGGCCCAGCAACUCUGUCUUUUACCAAGAGGAGCUAAAGCAAAUCAAAAGACCUUUGUACCAGAACCUCGACCAGCUCCUAAAAAUGAUGUUGGAUUGAAAUACAGCGUGAAGCAUCGGCCUUUUCCUGAAGAAGUGGACAAGAUCCCAUUUGUGAAAGCAGACUUAAGCAUUCCUGAUUUACAUGAAAUUGUGAAUGAGGAGCUCGAAGAGCGACAUGAGAAGCUGAGGAAUGGCAUGGCCCAGCAGAUUAUUUUUGAGACUUCCAUAGAUCAGAAAAGCGAGGAGGAGUGGCGUAAGAAGAGCUUUCCUGAUCCAAUCACAGAGUGUAAGCCCCCACCGCCGGCACAGGAGUUCCAGACCGCGCGCCUCUUCCUCUCCCACUUCGGGUUUCUGUCGCUGGAGGCGUUGAAGGAGCCCGCUAACAGUCGUCUACCUCCCCACCUGAUUGCACUUGACUCUACUCUGCCUGGAUUUUUUGAUGACCUCGGGUACUUGGACUUACUGCCUUGUCGUCCUUUUGAUACUGUUUUCAUUUUCUACAUGAAGGCGGGCCAGAAGACAAGCCAGGAGAUCCUGAAGAACAUGGAGUCUUCCAGAAUUGUUCAGCCACACUUCCUGGAGUUCUUGCUGUCUCUUGGCUGGUCUGUCGAUGUGGGGAAGCAUCCUGGGUGGACCGGGCACGUCUCCACGAGCUGGUCCAUCAACAGCUGCAGCGAUGAAGAGGGACCUGAACAAGAUGAUGUAAUAAUUUCAGAAGAUGUUGGAGCAAGUAUCUUCAAUGGGCAGAAGAAGGUGCUGUAUUACGCUGAUGCCCUGACAGAAAUAGCUUUUGUUGUCCCGUCACCAGUGGAGUCCCUAACUGAUUCGUUGGAAAGCAAUGUCUCUGAUCAAGAAAGUGACUCUAACAUGGACCUGCUGCCGGGAAUAUUAAAACAGCCAUCCUUGACACUUGAACUCUUCCCCAGUCACACGGACAAUCUUAAUCCCUCUCAGCGGCUCAGCCCGACUUCCAGAUCCAAGAGGGUGCCUCAGGGCCGGACCAUUCCACCAAUGGGACCUGAAACCAAAGUGUACGUGGUCUGGGUUGAACGUUAUGAUGAUAUAGAAAAUUUUCCCCUCCCUGAUCUGGUGUCUGAGACCAGCACUGGCGUAGAAACUACGGCCAACAGCAGCGCUUCCCUAAGAUCUACCAUUCCUGAGAAAGAAGUUCCCGUGAUCUUCAUCCAUCCUUUAAACACCGGCUUAUUCAGGAUAAAACUGCAAGGAGCAACUGGGAAAUUCAACAUGGUUAUCCCGUUGGUGGAUGGGAUGAUAGUCAGUCGGAGAGCUCUUGGUUUUUUAGUGAGGCAAACAGUAAUAAAUAUUUGUCGGAGAAAGAGGCUGGAAAGUGAUUCAUACAACCCCCCCCACGUCCGCCGGAAACAGAAAAUCGCAGACAUUGUCAAUAAGUACCGCAACAGGCAGCUGGAGCCUGAGUUUUAUACCUCGCUUUUCCAGGAGGUUGGGCUCAAGAACUGCAACCCGUAGGCCGUUAUCCUCCCCGGACAAUUAGAUCAGAGCUUGGUGGCUACAGUAAUGAAAACAGUUAAAUAACAACAAAUUUCCUCAGCCCUCCGGAAUUCGGGAAACCGUAUUUUAGCACAAGUCAGCAGAUACCGUGUGGGAGGAAGGAGAAACGAAUCCCAAGCAGUGCAGUUGGGAUACUGACUCAGUUCACCUACCCGCGAAAGAUUACUGAAUUCCAGUCUUCCUGGAUGCUCGCAACAUAAUCUCUCCAGCAGCCAUCUACUCCCGGCUAAUUAAGAACUGCGUCUCGUCCUGUGGGAAGAAAACAAUCAAAGCAAAACCAUCUCUGCGUUGAAGUAUGAGGAGCGCGGGGCAAAGCAGCCUGCCUUCACACAGCCCGCUGUGCCCCCGCGCUGGAGAGGGGAGCGGGGUCUCUCCUUGAGGAGGGAAUCUCUUCCUGAGCGCUCGCUGUGCCCACAAGAACUUCAGGAGAAGUUUCUGACCCCCUUCGGCGUUCUGCAGGAGAUGCUUCACUGCUUGAAGCUCAUUUGUUCACCACAGGGAGGAAAGCUGCUCUGGAAUAUCAGGUCACCAAAUGCAUAGCCAAGAUGCUGUGUUUCCCAGUACCCCCCUGUGGGUCUGUGCACAGCAUUUCUGUCAUCCUGGGAACAAACUGAGUUCAGACACACCUUCUUACUAGAUAAGAGAUCUUGGUUCUAUAGAAACAAGGUCAUGACUUUCAGGUCUGUUGCAAAAUGUCACAUUUAAUUUUAGUCACUUGGUAUUAUUUUCUUUAUGCUGCUGAUUUUGUUGAAAUGCCUCUGUUGCUCAGUCGUCAUUUUCAUUAAAUGUGCAAACAUCUCUUGCUUUCCUUCUGCCGGGCUGAAAUCUGAGGUUCUGGGGCUGCCUCCUGCCUGACAUUUAUCGAAUAUGCAGCUUUUGCAGCUUCUGCACUUUCCAGAAGCUCCUCUUACGCAGACUAUGAAACAACUGGAACAGAAAAGUGAGGAACCCUUCUUUUGUGCAUUAACUUGCCAUUCCAUGGAAAGUCCAUUUGGAGUUGUACUUCGGAAGUGUUUUGAGGUUACCGUGCUCUCUCGGCAGCAGUGAUUCCUCUCUCCUUGGUCAGAAGUUUCUCCCUGAGCUGCCGGUGCCCCGGCCGGGCUCAGCCACAGCCUGGGUCGCUGCCUCACCCCACAGGGAGCAGAGCCGUGUGGAUUCGUUUCUCUGACCGCCGGCAGCUUCCAUUCAAGCGCCUUGCUUCCUCUGUGGCUGCACUCUGGAGCUCAGGCUGUGCUGGGAAAAGGUGUUCACAACUGCGCGUCAGUGCUGGCAAUAUGAAAGCUGCAGCAGCACUGCUGCUCCUGGGGCUGCUUUCAGGCCCCCAGCACAGUCCUGCCUUGUGGCAGCAAUGAAUCACUGCUGAUGCUCCUGUGUGGGUGCAGCCUGCGAUGGCUGGCAGUGCACGUGUUCUUUUUCUUCCAGUAAGCAGGGAGGAGGUAAGCGUAAACCUGAGCAGGAAUUGGUGGAGCUCCUCAAGUUAUGACAAAGUGUUUCUUGGAAGCUUUUUAAUAUGCAUUGCAAUAAUGCCUGUGAGUCACUUAACUUUGCUAUUUCAGUUACUUUUUGCAACAGUUGUAACCUGAAACAGUCUUACUUGUUUCAUUACAGUUUCCUUGCCAGGGGUGUGCCCGGAUCCCAUCUGCCUGUGGUCUUUCGGAGGGUUCACCUGCACCUCAAAAGACAUGCGGGUCUCAGCUGAGGGGAGCUGGGGGACAGGAGCAGGGCAGGCACAGGGACCUCUCAGGAGGUUUUGGUCCAGAUGAAUCACAAAUGGAAAAACAAAACCAAAAUCUCCGUGGCGGUGAGCAGAGCAGCCGUGCUUCUGCACUGUCCUGGGUGUGAGGGGCAGCGCUGGGUCUGGUGGCAAAGCUGAGGUGGAGCGUGGCCUCAUCUCUGCUCAGCUCUUGCCAGUGUGCAUUUAAUGCACAGGCACUAAAUUUACCCACGCUGUGUGUGUACCUUUGAAUCUACAUAAUGGCCAAACACACUUUAGUCCACUGACUUAAAAGGCAUGACCACUGCAUGUGUAACAAACAGAAACAUACAGAGCGAUCAAGCUUUGCACAUCUUCAGCAGCUUAAAACCCAUAGCUGUGUGUGUCACAUGCAAAACCAUUGGUUUGUAGCCCAGUGAGCUGCAGAAGCUGCUGCUUUCAGGUGCACGGUGCAGUCAGGGGCAGAACUGUGGCUGCAGGAAGCCCUGAGUGUCUCCUUCUGAGUCAGAGAGCCAAAGGAACUGCCUGAAAUAUUGCGCUUUAAUGCGCUUAGGUCUUUUCCUUGUUCCAUCCAGAGCAUGAGUGUGGCACCCACCUGAGCAGUGCUCACAGGGGAGCAGGGCCGUGUGUCAGAAAUCUUGAAAGAAGAGUUUUGUGUGAGCAGCGUUUAUAACUGAUAUAAAUCUGAUCUGCGAGGUCACGCUGAACACAUCGCAUGCAGGGUGAACCUGCCCGUAGCUUUGGGGUUUUGCGAUCUGCAGAGGUGAACCUUGAAGAAAGUCUGAGUGCAGCGUAGCAGUGCUGCGUGCUGUGCUGUCAGCCCUCGGUUUGGGUGCAGGCUGCGUGGCAGAGCUGUGCCCGUCACAGUGUGGUGUGGGUGAUGUGAGGAGCAGUGCAGGAGCGAAGCCAGGCAGCAGAGCUGACGGCUGCGGGUGGUCCAGGGUGCCUUCAGCUCUCCUCCCCCAUGGGCUGAGAGGAAAGCUGAGAUUUAUAUCAGUCGUGAUGCUUCUGUCGAGACCCUGAGCUUCUGGGGCUCUGCACCACAAACUGCCCUAUUGAGUUGGCAGCUUCUCAACUCGCAUGGCUGUUUUUUGCGUCCAUACCCAUGGGAGAGCAGAUGCCCACCCAGGGGCAGCGCAUCGCACCGAGCUGCCGCUCUAUCACAGAUGUGACACAACCAGAGUUCCUCUAUUCACGCAGUAACGCCUUUCGGUUUGGGUUCGUAAUUCUGCUCUGAAUGAUGGCAUCCUCUUAAUGGUGCAGAAGGGGGGUUGGGGGGCCGCCACCUCGUUAAAUGCAGAGCUGAAAUUGCAGAAAUGUCGGUACCUUAAUAAAGACUCAUUUAAAGAAACUAUCCUUUCUUAAAGGUACCUGGCAGAUGUAUGACACACAUACAUCAAGGAGUGGGGGGGGGGAGGGGUGUUGAGGGUCUGCAUGCCCACAUCAGAGCAGCUCCACUGCAACAGAGUACAGCUGUGAGCAGUGGCUGCGUGGCUGAGCGAUGCCUUUGAAGGAAGGCAGACAUCUUCCACGUGGAUGUUAGCAGGAGCAGUUUGAGGUGAGAAUGCCAGGGAUCACGUGCUUCAAGUCAUAUGCAUUCUGUCUGGAUCUCUGUAUGUUGCCAAGACAUGAUCUUUUUGUUCCUACUGUAUUUUUCUGUAAAUACCCCCGGCGCUAAGUUGUAAAGUAAAGGCAAAAUGUAAAUAUGAAGAUGUGAACUACGUUCCCUUGUCUCUAGUCCUUUAUCUCCUAUUUGUUUAGGGAAGGCACACAAAGGCUUGUUUGUAUUUAUGCCAAUUCUUUGUCCAGGAGAAACACAUCAACUAUUGAAUGUAACACAAUUAGUCCAAUAAAUUUUAAAGAUUCUUAUCUAA